UUGACAGUGGGCCACGGGCUUCAAGAACUCGUCCCUGGUAAAGUUCAGUAAACCCAGCAUGACCCAACCGCCAACCGAGUAAAGUAAAGUAAACCAUCCGCUGCAAAGUGCAACUGCCUUUCGAUUACCUUCGUGUUCGUCAUCGUCUGUUCGUUACGUUCACAACUGCUCACCGGUAUUGAGGGCAAAUGAAUCGCCAUUCCCUCUUCUCCUUCAACUGUGUCUAUUAAUGAGUUGACAUUUUUUUAUAGUCGCUGGAAAGGCGUUUAUCUUCAUAGUUUACUGUAUCUUUCAUCCUCGUUUCUGCGUCUGCGGUGUGUUCGUCUGUUCGUGCAUUGCUGAUCCAAUUUUCCGCUGUUCAUCACGCCGAAAUCACAUCAGCAUCGCUCUUUAAGAGACGUCAUUUCGCAAUCAACCCAACGCAAAUUGUGAGAUGGAAGUAGAUAAACAGUUAUUUAAAUGUUGGGGAUGCCCUACUUCUGAAGCCAAUCCUGCCAAGACAAUAUAUCACUCUUCCAAUGGCUAUUAUGGUUACUUGCCUCGUAAUCUAAGCUUUGAACACCAAAAUCAACAAGUGCCUAACUCAGAACAUAGCAUCAGGAGCAUUUUAGCAGGCAGGAAACGAACAUAUAAUGAAAUGUGUUCCGGUGUGAAUUAUCGAGGCUUGGAUAAUCAAAAAUCUUGUAAAUACCGAAUGAACAAAGUCGAAGAAACUAACAAUGCUGGUAUGGUCCUUGGAUAAUGUAACCAGAAAACUGCUGCCUUGAUUUUUUACACCUGGUUUCUUUUUUUUUCUACAUAUUACUACCCUGUGUUUAUUUAUGUAAAAUAAUUUUCUCAAACUAACCGAUGCUUUUUAUACUUUUCCUAUCGUUAUUUUAGCUUAACAGUAGAUCUUUUGGAUUGCAUUUUGCAAAAAGGAACCAGAAGCAUUGCAAUGAUGCUAAGAUUGUGCAAAUUCAUCCUGUGUAAUGAAAUUACUGAAAUCAUGAAAAAGUAUGAACUUUACAUGGUAAUUUCUGUUUUGAAUUCACAGUUUUUAGAAAGUAAAAUAGAAACUCUUAAUGAAUAAUCAGGUUCUUCUUAUAAGACAACACAAGUUGCAUAAUCUUAGCAACUUUGCAAUGCUUCCGGCUCCUUUCUGCAAAAUGCUAUCCUUUUAAUCCUCUUGAAGAUGUGACAAUGUUUGGUAUUUCUGACUUUUCCUUACAUUUUGGUAAAAUUUCAAUGUAUAGAGAUAAAAAAAUCUUAUUCCUUCUCAAAAAAGUUCAAGUUUAGGUUGAGCUUCAAUUUUCUUUGCGCAAAUGACAUCAGCUCUUAUCUUAUUGCAAAAUGGUGCCCCGUACAGUUUCUUUGUCUUUACUGUCUCAUUUGUGGUGUUUCUAUAACGAAACCGCAACAUUACAAACCCCCUCCCCCCCUUUCCUUACAUAUCAAUAUUUUCUGAUGUAAAUACCUAUUUGUAAUUGACCUGAGUAGUUUAGUCUUCUUAGUUCUUUCAUAUUGUAGUCUCCCACUAACAAGUACUUACGUAGCAAAUUGUUUUAAAAUGUAUGUAUUCUCAUCCUGACCUGAUCGUAGUCUAUUUAUUGACAAUAUUACAUGUACCCAACUAAUUAAUGUACCUAGAAUCGAUAUUUUUUCACUGUGACACAAUUGUUGGUUUUUCAUCUUAUUUUUAUCAUUAUUAUUUAUUCAGGUUUACAUGCUAAUAUCUAUAUAUAAACAAUUCGAAUGCAGCUAAAUUUAUUAGGACAUUUUAUUACAUUUUGAAGUAUGCAGUGUUGCCUUCUUCAUAACAUUGCCAUAAUUGUCACUCCAAUACACUUAUGAUUCCAGCUAUUUUGUAAAAAAAAUCAGCUUGCCACAGUUCAUAGGUCUUGAAGACUUAAUGUCAUUUUUAUUUCUUCAUCCAGGUUUAUUUUUAUUUAUUUAUUUAAAUACCUGUAGAUUUGCCAUCUUACGGGGGAAAAAAGGAGAAAAGGAAAAAAACAAUAAUGAAGGAAAUGCAUUUAAAAUUCAUUAACUCAAACACUUGGAAAUGUAUGAUUUAGACAAAUUCCAGUUAUGACUCCUUUUUUUUCUCCCCCUCAGUAAGAAAAGACAUACAAGGAGAAUAUUUUAUUAGUAAUCUAAUUUGACUUUAAUGUCGUCCUCACUCUUGAGUAUUUGAUUAAAAAUGUCUUACAAACUUUCUCUGUCACUUUCACUUGAUUCUCCGUCUGUGCCGUGAUAUUUAUAACCUGUUAAUGUUAUGCCCCUAAUUUUGUGCCAAUGUAACCUUUGCCAAGUUUUCGGAUGCCAACAUACUGAAGUGGCAACAUGUAUUUGACUGUAGGAGGUGCUUGAAUAUUUCAUAGUGAUAGAAGCAGAAGAGGAAUGAGAUUCAAUAAAAAUGAAGGCAUGGAGAAAUGAUGAACUUGUCAAUACAUCGAAGGUAUGAUUGAAUCUGAAAAAAUUAUCGCAUUCUUUACAGCUGUGAAGAUUAAUAUCAACCAUUUUAAGUUUGUUUUUUUAAAAACAUUUUAAUUUGAAGAUGCUAACCAACAAUUUUUCUCAGAAAGUGUUUCACUACUCCCCAACACUAGGUAGAAGAUAAAAUGAAGAUCAUUAUAAAGAAAAUAAAAACCCACCAACUUGUUAUGGUUUGAUAAUUUAACAAUAUCAUAGAUUUAUCAACUACUAGUGUGGUAUUCUCUAUUAGUAACCUAAGCUGCCUUUCUCACUGCUUUCAGCUCCGAGCAGCAAUUCUCUCCUCUCAUCAGUCUAGAUCUCUCAUUAGAAAAAAAGAAAGAAACAAAAUCAUGCAAUUGA